GCUGCCGGCGGAAGUGGUGGACUGCAUGUCAUGGCUACCUGUCUAAAAAUCUAUAACUAAACUUUCACUUUGUUCUCGAAACAGCGGCUAUGGCGACGUUUUUCGGGGAGGUAUUGUCAGUUUACUCUCGGGCUGUGGAGGAAGAGGACGAUGAUCUCGGUGAAAAUGAGGAAGACGAGCAAAUCCGCAGAGAGCUGGAGGAAAAGAGGGAGGUUCAUCUGCACUGGAGCCCUCAAGUCUCCGAGUCACUGAAGUCUGGAAACAAGUUGCGGUGUUCGGACUUCAUCCUCGCUGUGGGACAAAAUGCUUCCAGCUUUCUGUCAGCAUACAUCCUCUCCUCUGCAAACUGGGAAGCAGUCGGACAUGCAUCAGUGUGGAACGAGAGGAGCCGAGCCGUAAGCGGGCAAAGCAGCGAGGAAUCGUCGUGCAUUUUCCACAGACACAAGGACAACCCAUCAGUUUUGAUGUGCCAGGUGACGUGCUACAUUGCAGAAGACCAGCUUUUUCAAUGGACAGAAAAGGUGUUUGACUGUCUGCAGCACAGAGAGCUGAAUGUGACGGUGCUGUCAGACAGCUCUGUGGCUGAUUACAAGACAGCGGACUACCUGUGCAGCAGCUCCGCUCCCUUCCUGCGGUCUCUCCACACCAGUGCUUUCAGUGAUCAGCCUGUCUGCCAAUCACUGGAGCAACCCAACAUAGUUACUGGGCUUUCAGCUGCAGUGCUGAACCACUGCCAGGUCCACCGCAUCGCCACUGUUGUUUACCAGUGUUACAGUGAUGUCAUUGGCCCCGACUCUAUCACCAUGGAGACCUAUAAGCCCGUGCUAACCAAGCUUGGCAGGUCCAUACAGCUGGAGCCGUCUCCGAGCACAGACGCCCUCCGCAAGUUUGUCAGGACCACCGACCUUCAGAGCAAUCUUUAUAUCUGAUGGAGUCCAUGCUGCACACUGCGCAGUGCAAUUUAAUUCUAUUUUUCUCUGGUAAUAUGUUGUCAUUUUUAAAACAAAUAAAGAUAUUAAGAAAAACAACUGUCUGUAAAUCUUAGCAGUUUAAUGAGUUACUUCAGUCUGAACAUAAAUCACGGGUCCUAAUAGUUUCCAAAGAAAUGCAAAUGCAUGCUGAGAGGAGUUACAGCAUUAUGGGAAACAUCUGUAAACUCUUCUCUUCUGUAAUUUCUCAGGAAUUCUAAGUUUAAAAGUUGCACAAAGAGAUACAGACAGAACAUGUCAAAACAUUUUUAUCGGGGAUAAAAACAGUUGCAGUUACCGAUUUGUAAACGGCUCAAAAUUCCCUUUGCUUCAUCUGUUUUCAUUCCUCUCUGAUUCCCGAAUAAAGUCCUUUUAUAAAUAA